AUGUCUCUAUCUCAAAAACAUGCCGGACUAAUAUUGGUUCCCUGGUUCAACAGUGAGGAAUGGAAAUAUGUUUACGAAUCAAUUUAUUGUAAGAAUGAAGAAAGACAGCUCAAGGCUUUAGAAUGGCUUAAAAUAUGGAAAUUGAGAACACCUAUACUGUCUGCUGGUGUAGAAGGCACACUUAUUUUACUUGAAGCCCUGCUAUUGGAUACCAAUAUUAUUCCAGUUGAGCAAUUGGCCAAUAUCUACUCUAUAGCUUUGAUGAGAUUUUUAAACCUUUCGGCAGCCAACAGCGAAAAACAAGGCUCCUUCACGAAAACCUCAGCCAAAAACGAGCUACCAAAAUGGCUUAUAAAUUUAAGACACGAUAUUGCUCAUGGACAUCAAAUACCUUCUUUGAAUAACCUAAAAAUAGCUCUGGAUUAUGGGCUUGAGUGGCUUAAAAGAAGAUAUUGGGAGCCACAGAGCAAAAUUAUAACAGAUUACUAUAUUGAUGAAGAUUCAACAAAUCACCUAUCAAGUUGUUUAAAAGCCUAUAUUGAAAUGAAUGUAGCCCUAUAUGAACAGCAAGAGCUGAAAAAUGAUUUUAUUGAAAACAUAAAAAGUACAAUUAAUAAAAAACUCAACCGUUCAUUGAUAGAUCCUUGUGCAGUGCUUGAUAUUUUACUGGAAAUAAUAGCACAAAGCUUAGAGAAAGAUCGUCAAAUAAAUCUGGACAUUUUAAUUUCAACUGAUGGUUUACUAAGAACCUAUUUUGAAAAAAAUGAAGAUGGCAAAGAGACACUGAAUAUAGGUUUUAGAAAUAUUUGGCAAAGUUUGUUGAAUACUUUCAUGCAACAUGGUUUGGCACUUGUUAUAAUUGAGAGGCUUUUUAAUGUGAUUUCUGAUAUAUCUUAUGCGGAAAAUUGUAAAAAAAUGGCUGCAGUUUGGAUAAAUGAACUUUUGAUUUCGUUAAACAGAUUAAAAGAACCUGGAAAUGAAGUUCAAUUUGAUGCAAAACAGUAUAAUACUUAUGUAUUAGAGGCGAAAAACUUUCAAAAACGUCUCUUGGUUUGUCCGAAUUCUUACUUGGAGUACUUUUUAGACAGCCUAUUAAAAUUCAAUUCCAAUAACAAUAAUUUCAAUGAAGAUGCCGUAGAGUUACUAAACUCACAAUCUGAUAUUGACAACAUGCACCAAGAAAUUGGAAAAAUAUUUACUAUAGAAGAGCUUAAUUUGGAAGCCUUGCACUAUGACGAGGUAAGCUUGAAGGAAAAUUAUUUCAAUUUCCAUAACAAUGGUGGCGUAAUUGUAGCUGGAAAGAAAUGGAAGAAAAUUGAAGAUACGUUGAUGUUUAAAAAUUGCCCGUUGGGAAUUUUGCCCAAUCAAUUAAGAAAGAAACAUCCAUUCUUAGAAUUAAUUUAA